GUCGCUUUCUGGACGCUCAACAAUCAACAACUCUAAAUACAUCUUAUUUAUUUUUAUAAAAAGAUGAGUUGUGAUUGCCCACUUGGUGCACCAACGGGUCCAUCAUUAGCGUCAGCAUGCGGUGGGCCAUCAUUUAUGCUCUUUAUGGGACUGCUUGAAGUAUUUUUGCGGAGCCAAUGUGACCUCGAAGAUCCUUGCAAUCGACCAAAGUCACGUGACCAAAUAAAUUCAAGUUAUGAUUUUAUCAUAAUUGGAGGAGGAAGUGCAGGCGCUACGGUGGCUGGUCGGCUUGCGGAGAACGAUGAUUUUUCAGUUUUGCUCAUUGAAGCCGGAUUAGAUGAGCCUACGACCACACAAAUACCUUCAUUUUUCUUUAAUUUUCUUGGUAGUAAUAUUGACUGGCAGUAUACCACGGAACCAGAGUCGGAAGCUUGUUUAAAUAAACAAGGAAAAUGUUAUUGGCCUCGUGGAAAAGUAUUAGGUGGCACAAGUGUGAUGAACGGAAUGACAUAUAUGCGAGGUUCAAAAAAAGAUUACGACAAUUGGUCAAAUUUAGGUAACUCAGGAUGGAGUUAUCAACAAGUCCUUCCGUACUUUAUUUACAGUGAAGACAAUCAACAAAUAAAUCAAAUGGAUUACGGCUAUCACGGUACUGGCGGACCAUUAACCGUAACCCAGUUUCCGUAUCAUCCGCCACUGAGUCGUGCUCUGAUUGAAGCCGGCAAAGAAUUAGGUUACGACAAUGUCGACUUGAACGGUAGAACACACACAGGUUUUGCAAUAGCGCAAACCACAUCACGCAACGGAUCCCGACUAUCAACAGCACGUGCUUUUAUACGUCCUGUAAAGAGUAGAUCUAAUUUGCAUAUUCUACUGAAUGCGACAGUGACGCGUAUUAUUUUUAAUAACAAUCGUCAGGCUAUUGGAGUCGAGUAUUCACAAAAUAAUCAGCUUAAGCGUGUCAGUGUCAGAAAAGAAGUAGUCGUCAGCGGAGGGGCAGUCAACUCGCCGCAGAUUUUGCUGAACUCUGGAAUAGGUCCUCGGGAGGAUUUGUCAUCAGUGGGCGUUCCAAUAAUUCACCAUCUGCCAGGUGUUGGAAAGAAUCUUCACAACCAUGUCGCGUAUGCGUUGGUAUUUAAAAUAAACGAUACAGACACGACUCCAUUGAAUUGGGCAACUGCCAUGGAAUAUUUACUAUUCCGCGAUGGGCUUAUGUCUGGCACAGGAAUAUCAGAAGUAACAGCGAUGAUAAACACAAAAUAUGCAAAUCCUCAAGACGACCAUCCAGAUAUCCAAUUAAUCUUCGGCGGAUACUUGGCAGAUUGCGCAGAAACGGGAACCGUGGGGGAAAAAAAGGGAAAUCGACGGAGCAUUUUAAUGAUCCCAACACUUUUGCAUCCAAAGUCACGUGGUCAUCUUCAGUUACGUGACAAUAAUCCGCUGUCAAAACCACUUAUCUACCCGCGUUACUUAACCGAACCCGAAGACGUCAAGCGACUAAUCGAGGGAAUUAAAUUCUGCAUAAGACUCGCCGAGACACGAACGCUGUCGCGGUAUGGGUUCGAGUUGGAUCGCACGCCUGUCAAAGGCUGCGAGCAUUUACGCUUUGGAUGCGACGCCUAUUGGGAGUGCGCAGUAAAACGCGACACCGCACCUGAAAAUCAUCAAGCCGGGUCAUGCAAAAUGGGGCCCGACGAAGAUUCUCUUGCGGUUGUCGAUAAUCAAUUACGCGUUCGCGGUGUUCGCGGGGUCCGCGUCGCCGAUACUAGUAUUAUGCCUGUGGUAACUUCCGGUAACACUAAUGCGCCUGCGAUAAUGAUUGGGGAGAGAGCUGCUGAUUUUAUUAAAUCAACUUGGAUUCGUUAAGUUAUUUAUUUAUUAAUUACGUUAUUAAUUAAUUAAUUAAUUAAUUAAUUCAUUUUUUUUUGCAUGUCAAAUUGUAAAAAA